AUGAAUGUCGGAGAAGAAAAUUUGCUGAAAUCCAUCAGCAACGACACUCUCUUGGACCUGACUCAACGGUACGGCCAAUCUGCCUUCAGCUUUGGAGCUGGCCAUGGUACUGGUAGUCCGGGACGCUACCCGCUUACCCCUGCUGCCGACUUUCUCUCUGGUCAGACGGCUAAGUCGAAUGAGAGCGGCGGAGAGCAAACCAGUGACGACGACGAUGGUUUUGACCACCUGGACUCCAGAAAGAGAAGUUCGGGCUUCGACGACGACAAACACUCAACCAACCUCGCCAAGAAGCCAAAGGAACAGAGGUCGUUAAGGCUGAGCAUCAACGCAAGAGAACGGAGACGGAUGCACGACCUCAACGAUGCUUUGGACGGCUUGAGGUCUGUGAUUCCGUACGCGCACAGUCCGUCGGUAAGAAAACUAUCCAAAAUUGCCACUUUGCUCCUUGCGAAGAACUACAUUCUCAUGCAAGCACAGGCUUUAGAGGAAAUGCGACGACUGGUGGCAUACCUGAAUCAGGGACAGAGCAUAACGUCGCCCAUUCCAGCAGCUUUGGCGCCCUUUGGACAAGCCGCCGUGUAUCCCUUUUCGGGUACGGCACUUGCUACUUGCGCUGAGAAAUGCUCAUCUUACUCUGGGACACCGAGUAGUCUUUUCAAACACUGCAACGAUAAGCCUUGA